UCAGGACCGCAGACAUGAGGCUUGUCUUCCCCGCCCUGCUGUUCCUUGGGGCCCUGGGACUGUGUCUGGCUGCCCCUAAGAAAAGCGUUCGAUGGUGUACUAUAUCAAAAUCCGAGGCAACAAAAUGCUCCAGAUGGCAAAAGAGUAUGAAAAGUGUGGGUGGCCCUCCUGUCAGCUGCAUAAAGAGAACCUCCUACCUUCGGUGUGUCCAGGCCAUUACAGCAAACAAGGCAGAUGCUGUGACCCUUGAUGGUGGUUGGGUGUUUGAGGCAGGCCAGGCCCCCUACAGACUGCGACCUAUAGCAGCAGAAGUCUAUGGGACUGAAGCGCAGCCUCGAACCCACUAUUAUGCUGUGGCCGUAGCAAAGAAAAACAGUGGCUUUCAGCUGAACCAACUACGAGGCCGGAAGUCCUGCCACACAGGCCUCAACAGGACCGCUGGGUGGAACGUCCCUGUGGGCACACUUCGUCCAUUCUUGAACUGGACAGGGCCACCUGAGCCCCUUGAGGCAGCGGUGGCCAAGUUCUUCUCAGCCAGCUGUGUUCCCGGUGUGGAUGGAAAACGGUUCCCCAACCUGUGUAGCCUGUGUAUAGGGACAGGGGCAAAUAAAUGUGCCUUCUCCUCUGCGGAACCGUACUUCGGCUACUCUGGUGCCUUUAGGUGUUUGAGAGAAGGAGCUGGAGAUGUGGCUUUUAUCAGGGAUAGUACAGUGUUUGAGGACCUGCAGGAUGAGGCUGACAGGGACCAGUAUGAGCUGCUCUGCCCAGACAACACCCGGAAGCCCGUGGACAAGUUCAAGGAGUGCAACCUGGCCCGGGUCCCUUCUCAUGCCGUUGUGGCCCGAAGUGUGGACGGCAAGGAGGACUCCAUCUGGCAGCUUCUCCGCCAGGCACAGGACAAUUUUGGAAAAAAUAAAUCACCGGCGUUCCAGCUCUUUGGCUCCCCUUCCAAGCAGAAGGACCUGCUGUUCAAGGACUCUGCCCUUGGCCUUUUGAGGAUCCCCUCGAGCAUAGAUGCAGGGCUGUACCUUGGAUUCGGCUACUACACUGCCAUCCAAAACCUGAGGGAAAGUGAGGCGGCCGUGGCUGCCCGGCGCGCGCGGGUCGUGUGGUGCGCCGUGGGCGACGAGGAGCAGCGCAAGUGCAGUAGGUGGAGCGGCGCGAGCGGCGGCAGUGUGGCCUGCGCCACGGCGCCCACCACGGAGGACUGCAUCGCGCUCAUCCUGGUAGGCGGCCUUCGUCGCACGGGGAGGGGGCCGCGGGCCCCUCAGAAGACCCAGGUCAUGGCAUCCGCUUCAAGUGAAGCCAGGCGCGGAGGAGGCCGAAAGGACAGCUGUUCUAGAAUCCAUAUAUGUCGGGCCUGCGGGAUGUUAAGACGUGCUUUUCUGUUGUCUCUCGUGCUAGGGUAUCUGGCUGUGGCCGCGGUUAGGAAAUCAGAGGCUGACUUCACCUGGAACUCUCUGAAAGGCAGGAAGUCCUGCCAUACCGCCGUGGGCAGGACUGCAGGCUGGAACAUCCCCAUAGGCCUGCUUUUCAACCAGACAGGCUCCUGCAAAUUUGGUGAAUUCUUCAGUCAAAGCUGUGCCCCUGGGUCUGACCCAACUUCCAAUCUCUGUGCUCUGUGUAUUGGCAACGAUGAGGGUAAGGAUAAGUGUGUGCCCAACAGCAACGAGAGAUAUUAUGGCUACACCGGGGCUUUCAGGUGCCUGGCUGACAAGGCUGGAGAUGUUGCAUUUUUGAAAGACGUCACUGUCGUGGAGAACACUGAUGGAAAGAACACUGAACCGUGGGCUAGGGAUUUGAAACUAAAGGACUUUGAGCUUCUGUGCCUCGAUGGCACUCGGAAGCCUGUGACUGAGGCUCGGAGCUGCCACCUGGCUGUGGCCCCAAAUCAUGCUGUGGUAUCUCGGCAAGAUAAGGUAGAACGCCUUGAACAGGUGCUGCUCCAACAACAGGCCCUGUUUGGAAGAAAUGGACCUGACUGCCCAGGGAAGUUUUGCUUGUUCCAGUCUGAAACCAAAAACCUUCUGUUCAAUGACAACACUGAGUGUCUGGCCAGACUCCAUGGAAAAACGACAUAUGAAAAAUAUUUGGGGCCACAGUAUGUCACGGCUGUUGCUAAUCUGAGACGGUGCUCAACCUCCCCGCUCCUGGACGCCUGUGCUUUCCUCAGGAGGUAAAACCCAGGAAGAUGGCCCAGCAUCUCCAUCCUGUCCCCAUCCUGUCCCCCCGUCCUGUUCCUGAGGGAGCCUCAGCCACUCACUGCUCUCUGUUGCCUUCCCCUCCUUGCUGAGGGUGGGGCUUGCCAAUCUCAUUUGUUCUCACAAUUACCUGCUGUCACCUUAACAAGAAAUAAAAUU